UCCUUCAACGAUUAUUUUCCAGGAAAAGAAAAGAAAGAGAGAAACCAAACACUGAUGGACGGGAAAGUACAAGGAAUAAAUGGCGUCUCUGCUGAAACCCCCAUCCCUCUUAUCACUCCAUACAAAUUGGGCAAGUUCCAGCUCUCUCACAGGGUUGUUCUAGCACCAUUAACUAGGCAGAGAUCUUGGAACAAUGUUCCUCAACCACAUGCUAUCUUACAUUACUCUCAAAGAACCAGCAAAGGGGGUCUUCUCAUAGCUGAAGCAACGGGAGUUUCGGACACUGCUCAAGGGUAUCCAGAUACACCAGGCAUAUGGACAAAAGAACAAGUUGAAGCUUGGAAACCUAUUGUAGAUGCUGUUCAUGCUAAAGGCGGUAUCUUUUUUUGUCAGAUUUGGCAUGUGGGGAGGGUUUCAAACACGGAUUUCCAGCCAAACGGGCAAGCUCCAAUCUCUUGUACAGACAAGCCCUUGACAAGCAAUGGCAUUGAUGUUGACCAGUUCUCACCUCCCCGGUCGCUAACAACAGAUGAAAUCCCUCGAGUUGUAAAGGAUUUUAGACUUGCUGCAAGGAACGCUAUUGAAGCUGGUAUGUGA